AUGACUGUUCAGAAAAAGUCCGUGGCUUCUGGGCCAGAAAAGGUCUGGGCCUCUCUGCUCACAAACAUCAACUACCUGCCGGGAAUCCUGACCCUGCACGACUCCCUCCAGCGCGCCGGCACCGCAUAUCCCUUCAUAGCACUGACGUCGCCCUCGCUGCCGCGCGAAGCCCACGCCGCCCUCGCCUCUCGCGGCAUCCGCACCCUCCCGGUCCCUCACCUGGCGCCGACCCGCACCCACGACUACGGUAACGAUGCCCGCUUCGUCGACUCGUGGACCAAGCUCGCCGUCUUCGGCCUCACGCAGUUCCGCCGCGUCACCCUGCUGGACUGCGACAUGCUCAUCCGCCCCGGCGGCUGCGGUAUAGACCGCCUCAUGAACACCCCCCUGCCGGGCGACAUGGUCUUCGCCGCCUCCCCGGCCUGCACCUGCAACCCCUACGGGAAACCUCACUACCCGCCCUCCUGGGUCCCCGCCAACUGCGCCUACACCCCGCAGCACGCCCGCCCGGACGCGGCCCAGCGGCUCGCCCCCGGUCGCGGUCCCCUCGGCAGGCUCAACAGCGGCACCGUCGUGCUCGAGCCGUCCGUCGCCGUCUACCGUGAGAUCCUCGCCAUGCUCGAGAGGGAGGAGACGGCCCGCAUGACCUUUCCCGACCAGGACCUCCUGGCUGACCUCUACCCCGACAGGUGGGUCGUGCUGCCGUACGUCUUCAACGCCCUCAAGUCCAUGCGCCGCGAGGGCGUGCACCGCCAUAUCUGGCGCGACGACGAGGUCCGCAUCGUCCACUACAUCCUCAGCCCCAAACCCUGGGACGAGAUGGACGCCCACGGCAGGUGGACCGGUGAAGACGAGACGCACAAGUGGUGGGUUGAUGCUACGCUCAAGAGGAGGGCCGACGAGAGGGUCAGGGGCAUCUAUGAUGGGUACUGA